AGCACAGCACAACGAAGGUAUCCGACGAACAAUAAUGAAGUCUGACUUGUUACGGCAGGAAAAGCACAUGUUUGUCUUUCUAAUGUUUUGGUGACCCAGACUAUACAACCAAAAAUCCCUGGACACAGCAUCUCUGGGUGAAACACAGCCGCUUUUAACGUUUUCAUAAUUACACCUGUGCUUUUGAGCUGGAUAAAACAAUAUGUUACAGAGCUCAGAUCAACUCAAGCUGGUUUCUUGAGCAUGGAAAGGGGGUUACUGUACUCAAAUGUACUCUACCAGAGCCACCAGAUCUCAAUCCAGUAGAGCACCAUUGGGAUCAUGUCAAGACAGUGUAGUAAAGGUACAAAAUAGUAAAAUGUAAUUAAAGUUCAAGUAACUUUAGUUAGUGUAGGAAAACCUUUAAUGCUGAGCAUAUUUAAUCAACUCAGAGGAGAAACUCCUACAACCAGCUGGGAGCAACAAACACACCUUCAACUGUUAGCAUUUCUUAGACUACAGCAAAAGUGUCAUUAACCUCUGGCACAUGCACCUACAACAACCAAGGCAGGAAAACUGUCUGCUUUGCUCACUCUGUGAUGUUUGUCCAUGUGUUAAGGGGGGGCUUGGAGGCUUUCCUUAAUUUAAUAAGGAUUUGAGAGAGUUUGAAAAAGGGCCAGAUUGUGAUGGCUAGAUGACUGGGUGAGGUGUGGGUGCAUGUGCAUCACCUAGUGGGGGAACACAACACCAGGAUGCACUAUGAGAAGAAGAUGAGCUGGUGGAGGCGGUGGGAUGCUCUGUGCAAUGUUCUGCUUGGAAACCUUGAGUCCUGCCAUACAUAUGGAUGUUACUUUAACACGUAGCACCUACCCAAGCAUUGUUGCAGACCAUGUACACCCUUUCAUGGAAACAGUACUCUGUGAUGGUUGUGGCCUCUGUCCGCAGGAUAAUGCACCCUGUCACAAAGCAAAGGUUCAGGAAUGGUUUGAGGAGCACGAAAAUGACUUUGAGGCAUUUUUUACCCCUCCAAAUUCUCCAGAUAUCAAUCUAGUCGAUCAUCUGUGGGAUGUGCUGGACAAAUGAGUCCAAUCCACUGGAGGCCUCUUACAGGACUUAAAGGAUCUGUUGCUAACAUCUUGGUGCCAAUACCACAGGACACCUUCAGGGGUCUAGUGGAGUCAAUGCCUCGAUGGAGGGGAUUGUACGAUGAGGCCCUCAGUAGCUUUUUCCGAAAUGUGGAUUCCAGGAACAGUGACGGGGCUGCAUUUGCUGUCGGUGGGAGAAUCCAACACCUGAAGGCCAGGGCGGUCCUGGUGGACAUGGAAGAGGGUGUGGUCAACCAGAUCCUGCAGGGCCCGUUAAGAGAAGUGUUUGAUAGCACGCAACUACUCACAGACGUGUCAGGUUCAGGCAACAACUGGGCAGUUGGAAACAUGACGUACGGCUCAGCCUACAGGGAGAAGAUAGUGGAUAAGCUCAGGAAGGCAGCAGAGCAAUGUGACUGUCUGCAGUGCUUCUUUCUCAUUCACUCUAUGGGAGGAGGUACUGGCUCUGGCCUGGGAACCAGAGUGCUCAGCUUGCUGGAGGAGGAGUUCCCUGAGGUGUGUCGCAUUAUCACCUCCAUCUAUCCAUCUGCGGAAGAUGACGUAAUCACCUCACCAUACAACAGUGUCCUCGCCAUGAACAAGCUCACAGAGCACGCUGAUUGUGUCCUGCUAGUGGAAAACCAGUCAUUGGUUGACAUUGUGAACAAGAUUAAAAUUAUGUCUCAUGGUACAAAGCCUGGUUUAAUAAUCAAGAGAAACAGCACAGUCACCUCUGGACAGGGAGGCCUCAGCGGGGCAGAAAAACCCUUUGAUGCUAUGAAUAACAUUGUGGCUAACCUGUUGCUCAAUAUUACCAGCUCAGCCCGUUUUGAGGGCUCCCUCAACAUGGAUCUGAAUGAGAUUGCUAUGAACCUGGUGCCCUUUCCUCGUUUACACUACCUGGUGCCCAGUCUCACACCCCUCUAUACAUUGGCAGAUAUUAAUGUGCCCACAAGGAGACUGGAUCAGAUGUUCAGCGAUGCCUUCAGUAAAGACCACCAACUAAUACAAGCCGACCCGAAGCACAGUCUGUACCUGGCUUGUGCCCUCAUGGUCAGGGGUAACGUGCAGGUUUCUGAUGUCCGCAGGAAUAUCGAGAGACUGAGACCAUCACUGCCCUUUGUCUCAUGGAACCAGGAAGGCUGGAAGACGAGUCUGUGUUCAGUGCCUCCUGUGGGACACUCCCACUCCCUGUUAGCUCUGGCCAACAACACCUGCGUGAAGCCCACAUUCAUGGAGCUCAGGGAACGCUUUACCAAGCUCUACAGAAAGAAGGCUCACUUACACCACUACCUGCAUGUAGAGGGGAUGGAGCAGAGCUUCUUCUCAGAGGCCAUUGCCUCUCUCAACUCACUGAUUGAAGAAUAUCAUCAUCUGGAUGCCACCAAGGCCAGACUCAUGCCUGAUGCACCCAGACUCUCCAUCGCCAGAUGAAGGUCUGCUGUGCUGUGAAUCUGGGAAUCAAACUCACAGAACUGAAGCUUUUACAUAUCAACAUUAUCUAAUUUAUGACAUGGUCAAAGUGUUCCAAACAGCACUUAAAGAGAACAUCAGCUUAAUCUACUCUAAAGCUUCUAUUUGCUUUUCCAAGCUCCCUGAUUGUUCUGUUAUGAGGUAAUGUUAAAGCUAGUACACUGGCCAUAUUCCUUGUUGUUAGUGCACAUACCUGUCCUGUAGAGUGCAUCAUAAAACCUAGUUUUGUUUUGUUUUUUUAAUGAUCUGUCGUUCUUCUUUCUCAAAAUUAGUUUUGCUUUUGUCCUUUUGGAGGUGCAAAACUGUUACUAAGGGAGAAUUAAAGUGUAUGUAUGUUUCAGUCCUUAGUUUCUCACAGCAGGGCUCGCAGCACUCUGCGUCUCUGAUGUUUGGGGUCCUUAGAGUAACCGCAGGUCAGAAAACAUGUCGCCCGGAUCAUUGCACUUCCUCUGACACACACAGGACGUUAUCCACUGCAUCUUCCACUGUGUUUUGGAGCCUCCUUUGCAGGUGAAGUUGACCUUGAUCAUGCGUGACUUGUUGGGGACACAGCAGCGCUUGUCUGUACACACACCACAGUAUGUGGGCUUAAACUUUUUGUUGCUGGUACAGCCAGAGAGAGUCAACUUUUCUGCUUUCUUUGCCUGGAAUUUGGGUCGGCACGUCUUUCCCUUUGGCACCUAGAAGUGGGAAUAGCAAUUGGUGUCUUUCUUUUUAAGAGUUGGAGAAAAAAAAUUAAAUGAAAAUAUUAAAGAUUUAGACAGAUUAAAGCUGAAGAUGCCACCUUAACACUCCUGAGCACGCUUUUCUCACACGGUCGCAGCAGGCACAGGCGGCGGUCUUUCCUCAUCUCACACUUGCUGUUAUCGUUGUUGACGCGUACAGAGAUGCCCAGGCCGCAGGUCUUGGAACAGGGACUCCAGUGGGUGGUCUGGAUUAGGCAGUUCUUCUUCCAGGCUAAAGGAGGAUCCCUGUAACCUUUCAGUGUUACAGUUAAAGGGUACUGUGUCAAGCAAAGCACAGAUCAGAAUCAUUCUAACAAGCUGCUGUGUCUCCAUCAGAGAUGGGGAGUAACGCAUUAAAAGUAAUGCAUUACUGUAAUCUGAUUACUUUUCAAGUAACAAGUAAAGUAAGGGAUUACUAUUCCAAAAAAGUUAUUUGAUUACUGUUACUUUACCAUAAGCAUGCUGCGUUACUAAACCGUGAGUUUGUUUGUUUGUUUGAUUCUGUAAAAAGUGACAUAAACAUUAGCGUCCGCUGUACACUACGUGGGAAGAAAACUUCUUUUUACAGUGAAAAACUAAACUUCAAAUUAUUUAUUUUUUGCGCUGUUUUUCUUGCAUCUAUUUGAAAGAGUGAGAGUAAACACAAAAAUUAUUUUAUUUUAAAUGCUGGAAUAUGCAGAACAUAGGUUUAAAUGUUAAACAAAUUUCUUCAACUCAGAGAAUGUUGCAUAUAAUUAAAUUUUUGCUUAAUGCAAUGUGCAUAAAGUUAAAAGAUUAAAACUAAUAAAACAAGUUUUAAAAAGAGACUUUUUGAGUUGAUUCAAUUUCAUAUGAUGGGUUAUGCAGAAAAAAAUAGAAGUGGGCUGAAAGGUCUAUUGCGUUAUUACGUAUGUAUCAUGUUUUUAAAAAGUAAAUAAUAAAGUAAUAAAGUAGCUAAUUACUUUUGAAAAUAAGUAAUCUGUAAAGUAACAGAAUUACUUGGUUGGAGAAGUAAUCAGUAAUUAGUAACAAAUUACUAUUUUCAAGUAACUUGACCAGUACUAGUUGUGAUUAGGUGCUAUAGAGACUUAUGGGAGCGGUAUGGGAUUUUGAUAGAAUUCAUUAUGAUAUGAAAUUGCUGCUACAUAGAAAAGGACAAAAAAAAAAAUAAAAGAUCUGUGUAGAAAUGUAACACAAAA